AUGUCCCGCCAAAGCUCACACGAGCAUGACCCCGAGCUGAACGUUAACAAGGGCUACGUCGACAACGUCGAAGAGGUCGCCGAAAAUGCAGACAGGCCUAAUCCUACAAAGCAGGCACCGGCCUAUGUUGCCAGAUUGACGCCCGAGGAGCGCGCCCAGGCUGAGAGGGCCCUCGUGCGCAAGAUUGACUUUCGUCUGCUGCCUAUGAUUAUCAUCAUGUAUAUUCUGAAUUAUUUGGAUCGGAAUAAUAUUGCGGCUGCCCGGUUGGCUGGUCUUCCAGAGGAUUUGGGAUUGGAGGGCUCGCAGUAUGCUACUUGUGUUAGUAUUCUGUUUGUGGGGUACUUGUUGAUGCAGAUUCCGUCCAAUUUACUUCUUAACAAGCUCGGAAAGCCGGCCAUUUACCUGCCUUGUUCGAUGGUGCUUUGGGGUAUCAUUUCGACUGCUACCGCUGGUGCGCAGAACUAUGCUGGUCUCGUUGUGAUUCGGUUCUUCCUUGGUUUCGUUGAGGCUGCUUACUUCCCUGGAUGUCUUUACUUCCUCAGCGCCUGGUAUACUCGCAAGGAGCUAGGAUUCCGGACUGCAGCCCUCUACUCCGGCUCCUUGAUCUCUGGCGCUUUCUCCGGGUUGAUUGCCGGUGGAAUCACAGGAAACAUGGAUCACAAGGGUGGUCUGCGAGCUUGGCGGUGGCUUUUCAUCAUCGAGGGUGCCAUCACUAUCGUGGUUGCCGUUGUGUCUGUCUUCAUCUUGCCCAACUUCCCCCGUACCACUUCCUGGCUCUCCAAUGACGAGAAGGAACUCGCUACCUGGCGUCUGGAGGAGGAUAUCGGUGAGGAUGACUGGGUUGACAGCGAACAGCAGUCUUUCCUGCACGGUGCCAAACUCGCCUUUACCGAUAUCAAGACCUGGGUUCUUAUGCUCCACAUCCUCUGCAUCGUCUCCUCAGCCUCCGUAACCAACUUCUUCCCCACCGUCGUCAAAACCCUCCACUACGGCAACAUCGAAACCCUCCUCCUCACCGCACCCCCUUACUGCCUCGCCGUGAUAACCGCCUUCCUGAACGCCCACCACGCAGACAAAUCCGGCGAACGGUACUUCCACAUCACACUCCCACUAUACGUAUCCAUGGCCUCGUUCAUCCUCGCUGCCGCGACCACCUCCACCGCGCCCCGCUACCUCGCUAUGAUGCUUAUGGUGCCAUCGCUGUAUACGAGUUAUGUGGUUGCGCUGGGUUGGAUCUCGAAUACGCUUCCCCGGCCGGCGUCGAAGAGAGCGGCCGCGCUGGCGGGUAUUAAUUGCGUUAGUAAUGCGAGUAGUAUUUAUGCUAGUUAUAUGUAUCCGUAUAGUGAUGCGCCGAGGUUUAUCCCUGCUAUGUCCGUCAACUGCGCUACGGCCUUUAUCGCUAUAAUCUCGGCCACACUCCUCCGAUUUAUGCUCGUCAAGCUGAAUAAGAAAUUAGACCGUGGUGAGAGUGUUAUCGGUGCUGUCUCGGGAGGAGUCCCCGGCGAGGCCAGUGCGAAGGGAUUCCGGUUCUUGGUUUAG